AUGACUCAAGAACAUUUUCUCAUUGACCUUCUAGCACUUGUGAAGACCUUAUCCCAGUGCAGGUUCUCCCCAUCAAUUACAAUGAUAAGAAUAAUUUCCUGUAGUGGACCUUUUCUCUUCAGAGCCCCCGUUGCAGCCACAUGGACCACCACUAUUGUAAGUAUACCCCUGGAGAAGAAGAAUAUGACGGCUGUCACAGAGUUCAUCCUCUUAGGAUUUCAGGUCGGUCAGAAUAUAAGAUUUCUAAUGUUCUUUCUUCUCCUUGUGAUUUACUGCUUUACAAUCUUUAUGAACCUUCUGAUCAUCGUCCUGGUGUCCACCAGCAAGAACCUCCGCACCCCAAUGUACUUCUUCAUCUCACAACUUUCCGUCAGUGACAUCUUGUUGACCACAGAUAUUGUCCCCAAAAUGCUCCACAUUUUACAACAUUACAGAGGAUAUCUUCACUUUACUGCUUGUUUGACUCAACUUUACUUCUUCGGUGCCACAGAAGCCGCUGAGUGUCUCCUCCUCACAGUGAUGUCUUAUGACAGAUACGUGGCCAUCUGUAAUCCCCUCCGCUAUACCGCUAUCAUGACAAGUACAUAUUGUGUUACCCUGUCCGUCACCUCUUGGUUGGCUGCUUUUUGCUUUAUGGUGUUUUUAAUCACAACAAUAUCGAUACUUAACUUCUGUGGCCCAAACGCCAUUGACCAUUUCUUCUGUGAUACUGGACCUCUCCUAGAACUUUCCUGCUCAGAUACCUUAAAUGUUCAACUUGAGAUUGCUUUUCUAAGCACUUCUUUUAUUUUAAUUCCCCUAAUAAUAAUUAUAGCUUCUUAUGCCAAAAUUAUUCUUUCCAUCUUAAGGAUCCCAUCCAAUACUGGUAGACAGAAAGCCUUCUCCACCUGUAGCUCCCACCUCAUUGUGGUCUCCAUAUUCUUCUGGACAUUGUUUGGUAUAUAUAUUGCUCCAACAAAAGGGAAAACAUCGACCAUCAGUAAGAUGGUAUCUCUGCUGUAUACUGUAGUGACUCCUCUGAUCAACCCCAUUAUAUACAGUUUAAACAAUAAUGACAUUAAGAAGGCCGUACAUAAUCACAUCUAUAGGCGUCUCAGGGUCUAG